AUGUUCGGAUCCGUAACCGGAUCGAAUGGUGGCCCGGCACUGAACCGCCGCUUCGCGUCCCUCGGCCUCGACAGCCGCGCACUGGCGCUGGCGCUGGCUCUGGUGCUCUCUGCCACAACCACAACGGUGCAGGUCCAGGCCCAGGCCCAGGCAUUGUCAAGGUCAGUCCUGCCCGCACAGCCGGCGGAUCAUUUGGUGCCGCCACCCCUGCCCACAGCGCAGCGUCUCAGCCAUGCGGCAGGGUACUCGGAGGUGUCCCCGGUAGUGGCCUCUGCGCCUGUCGCCGAGCCACCGGGCUUCAUGACGCGCGUGGCCCGAUGGUUUGGAUUGGGCGGACAGACGCCGCGCGACCAGCAGCUGGGGGCCAGCUCCAACAACUACGCCUACCCCAAGCCCGUGCAGAGCUUCGAUGCGGCGGGAAAGCCCUGCAGUCUGUGCAACAAGUAUCCCUGGGUGCCGAUGGUGGGGCAGCAGCAGCAGCAGCAGCAGCAGCAGCAGCAUCCUCCCCAGCAGCAACAGCAGGUUGUCCAAUCGUGGCAGGUGCAACAACAGCCGCUGGCCCAGGCAUCGCAGCAUCGCCAGAGGGCCGUGCAGUUCCGGGCUCCGCCUGCGGCACCAGCGGGGCAGAGUGUCUUCCUGCCCAUCACCGUGCCCCUGCCUGCCCUCAGCCACAUGGCCCUGCCACCGCUGUACAAUGCCCAGGCCUUCCGGCCGCUAGAGAAUGUGGCUGCCCCGUCGGAAGUGCGUGCCAGCACAGUGCCACCAGUGCCACCGUUCCGACCGGCACCCAGUCCGCGGCCGUACAGCCCGAGCAUCCCCAGCAAUCCGGGCUUCACGAGCAUCCCGAGCAGCAACUUCGAGAUCGUCCAGAGCCACCAGCUGACGGACUUUGUGACCUCCGUGGAGUAUCCGGCGACCUUUGUGCCAUCGCAUGCGAUCGAUCUGGGAGCCAGUGCACCCCACAGACCCAGCCCCCCCUCGGAGCAGGAGCACCACCACCAGCCCCACCAUCAGCUGCAGGACAUUAGCACAGUCCGCUACCAGCUGGAGGACCUGAGCAGUGGCUCGGUGCACCAGCACCUGCCCGCCUCGCAGCUUCUCACGGAACUGGGGCACUUUGCGGAGACGACCACGCAGCAGCUGCCGCCGGCAGACAACUAUCCGGCGGCAUCCUCCCAGCAGCUGCAGCAGGAGCAGGAGCAGGAGCAGCAGCUCUACUACGCGGAACAGUACCAGACGGAGGAGACCAGCACAGUGGUGUACACCACGACAGAGCAGCCGCCAACAGCAGCUCCAACCGCACCACCCGCACCACCCGCACCACCAGCACCACCAGCCCCCGUUGCGGAGGUCAAUAACCAUCUGGCGGCAGUGCAUCAUCGCGGCAUCUAUCAUCACUCCGGCAGCCGCGGUAGGGAGACCCCUAAGCGACUGCUCGACUCGCCCAUCAACCAUGCCCUGGGGGUGGGGGUGGCCGGGGCGCGUCCCUUCACCCGUGACCCCGCGGAUCUGAACUUCCGCCUCAGUCAGGUGUACACGCCCACGCCGGCGCCGCCUACGCCCACCUCCACGUACGGGGCCAUCGAUGCCAGCGGACAGUAUGCGGGCAUGUCGCCGCCGAGUCCCCAGCAGGUGAUCAUCCCCUACACGACAAAGCAGCGGCCACGCCCCUUCGAGCCAUGGGUCCAUGUCCACAGCCACAGCAACAGCCACAGCCAGAAGCAGAACCACAAGCACAGCCACAACCAGGAGCAUGACCAUGACGACAACGAUGUGGAGGAGCCGCACGAGCAACAGGAGUCGAAGCUGGCAACGGCCACGGUGACGGCCCCGCCGCCGCCCAACACCCAUCGCACCACCAAGUACCUGACCAAGAUCCUGGCCUCCAAUCUCCGGGAGCUGCUGAAGCGAGAGCGCGAGACGAAGCGCAGGCCCCUGGGGGUGGACAUUUCCCGGCUGCAGCACAACAUCGACGGCUGGACCGAGCAGGAGUACAACUCGUUGUCGCAUCGCCCCAGCACCCCCACGAUUCGGGGCCGGUCCAAGCACAUCCCCACGGAGUACCUCACGACCACCACCACGACCCCGGCUCCGGCUACGGCCACGGCUAAGGCUCCGCUCCAGCAGCUGACGCGUCAAUCGAAGACCACACGCGGCGGCGGCUUCGAGUUGGGUGGCGGCUCCGCUCCGCCCACCAAUGCCGGGGAUCUGUCCACCUCCAUCAACAAUCUAGAGCAGCUGCAUCUGCUGGGAGAGCGCAGCUCGAAGCGCUUCCAGCCUCUGGAGGACAAUCGACUGCAUCUCGACUACUACGAGGGACAGCAGCGACAACGACCGCCCGCCAUGACCACACCCCUGCCGAGCAGCAGCACCACCACCACUACUGCCAGGCCAACGACAAUGAUGCUCGCCAGCGAGGACGCGGUGACGCCGCUGUAUGUGAGAAGCACUCAGGCGCCCAAGGAGCUGUGGAAACAGGCCCAGGUGGCCAUCCUGCCGCAGACGAAUGAGAAGGUCUAUGUGGUGACGCCACAGCCCCGUCAUCAGGCCUACCAUCCGCCGGAUGUGCAUCAUGAGGUGUCUGCCUCGGCAUCAGCGCCACGUCCUGUGUACCACCAGACGCCAGCGCCAGUGCCAGCGUCAGCGCCAGCGUCAGCGUCAGCGCCGAGAUUCCCCAGAGUGCGCCCGACGCCAGGUGGGGAACCGAAGGCGGCCACGCCCACCAUCAGCUCAUCACAGCUGCUCAACUAUACGCCGGAUAUCUUUGGGCUGAUGGGUCUGUCGGCGUAUGUGCCCGCAGAUCCCGUGGAGAUCAUCGACGGCAACUCCAAAGUCAUCACGAUUCUGACAGCAGCGCCAACGGCGGCCGCACUUCAGAGGCCCACAGCAAAGCCAACGAUGUCGCCCUCCCCGAGAUAG